CGAAAUUAACCACGGAAUAAAUCGCUCCCUAGUGUUUCUGUGAUACCACGAAGGAAAAAGUGGUUUCAAAAUUCGAUGAGAGGUGAGUUUCUCCUUUAUUUUGAUACCAAAUUCGACGUGUAUUUCGUUAAUUUUUGCCUCAUUUAGGACCUCUUGUUUCGUGCUAUUUCAAGAGCACUGUACAGAGAUGAAAUUUAGAGGAAUUUCGAGCUGUAUACAAUUUUUUAAGUGUAAAGAGAUGAAUUAGAAAACAACCUAGAUCGCUUAUUCAUUCUACCCCCUACAAUCGUAUGUUUUUUGUUUUCUGGAUUUCUUGCGGAGAUUUCAGUUAUGUCGCAUCAAAAAAAUGGUUCUCGCAUUUAGUGACUUAAAUAUAGUUGCGAAAUUGUGUCAUGGAUAACAUGUGCAGCUGUUUGGAAUAUAUUGCACACUACACAGUUAAAAACUUUGCUAACUGAAUUUUCUCUGACAUUCACUUUAUAGGUAAAUAUUCCACUAAGGCCCGUAGUGGAAUUGAUUUCGAUGGUAUGAUUCGUGCGAUUCGUACUACAUUUAAGGGCGACAACUUCCAAAAUAGAUUCGCCUUCGAAGAUGAAGUAAAGAAUUCACUACAAAUGCUGUUUGAAAGGUCAUCCCAAGUUAUCGUGUAAAGUGCCAUAAUUUGCACUUUCACAAGUGAGUGAAUAUGCCGCCAAAGCCUAACCGUUUCAACGUUGGGCUUUACAAUAAAAUCAAAAAACAGGAAAAACAUGCUGCACUCCGGGAGAAUGCAAAACUUAUGAACUGUGUAGCUGAGGAAAACAGAAAAUUGAAGUCAACCCAGAUGAAGCUGAAAAGGCUUCAGGAAAAGGUUUGCAAUAAUUAUAAAAGUCACUGAUUUUCAUUUUGCAUCUUGAUUUAUCUGUUUAUUUGUUGAUUUAUAUUUGUUUAUAUUUUUGUCUAUUUUACUUUUCAUACACACCCAUAAGCUGAAAAGGCUUCAGGCAAAGGUCUGCAACCUUUAUUAUUGGGUCACUGAUAUUCAUUUUGUAUCUUGAUUUAUCUGUUUAUUUAUUGAUUUAUAUUUGUUUAAAUUUUUGUUUAUUAUUUUGUUUAUUUUAAUUUUCAUGCACACCCAUAUUUGUUGCAGAAAGCUGAAAAGGCUUCGGGGUAAGGUUUGCAACCAUUAUAUUUAUGGAGUCACUGAUAUUUAUUUUGUAUCUUGAUUUAUCUGUUUAUUUGUUGAUUUAUUUUUGUUGGUUUAUUUUACUAUUACUGACAUCCAUUGAAAGUUUGCUGUAAACUUUUUCUGCAAAAAUAACUACAAAGCUCAGAUAUUUGUGUUUCCUGCUCAUCAGACUGAUCUUGCAGACACGCAUUAUCAAGAACUUUUGGCAGGGCUGAAUACACCUGGAAAAGAAAACAGUGAGGUGUGUGGGUAUUAUAUCUUUGUCUUUAUAGUAAUAUAUAAUGUAGUUUAUAUUAGGCGAAGAGUCACCUAGUGGAUGUCCUUAAUAAACCAUUAUUAUUAUUAUUAUUAUUAUUCAACUUUAAUUUUUGCAUUAUCAUGAUGCUGGCAUAAUGAUCCUGCCAUUUCUUAAAAAUUGAUACAGUUUAUUCCAUUUCAGAGUGGAAAUUGUAAUUCCCUGAGGAGGCAGAUGAAUCCAACCAUACUUCAGAAUGGGAAGUCAAACUAGACUCAAAGGACAGCGGUUAAACGUCGUCAAGAGACUUUCAAUGCUGCCAUGGUCAUCCAUGGAGGAACAGAAGAAAACCCACGUCCUGCCAUUGAGGGCAUGUUUGAUACCUUGUGUAAAAGGAGUAAGCUUGAUGACAUGACCAAUCUUGUUUCAAGCAAUGCUAAGCUCCAGGCAAGGGUAGCAUCAGCCCAUUGCUCUCGUGAAAUAAGAUCAUUUAAAACUUCAGAUGAAAAUGUUCUUCAAAGUGUUGCCGCAUAUUAUAGUGGGGGAGUGAUGGGAAAGAGAAAGUAUAAGUCAGUUAGACUUGUUUUGGCAACAAAGGCUAGUACAAAAAAGCAAGGGGGUAGAGAAGCAUUGUGCUUUAUGCAUAAAAGUCGAAUUCCCAAACUAUUACCAUAUGAUAAGUUGGUGAGUUAUAUCAAGCAAGUAGAUACUGGAAAGGUUUACUCAGUCGAAGAAGAGUUUUCUAAUUAUAUUCAGGCUGAUGAGGUUGUGCAUGGCUGUUUCAGGGAUUUAAGGGAUUAUCUCCCUCGGCUUGCAAAGUUUUAUUUGCAGACCAAACAAAAAUCAAAUGAGGCCCUUAAGUGGUUUUCAGAGACAGAAGGGACAUUUUUGGUAGCGUUUGGUGGGGAUGGGUGUCCCUUUGGAAAAAACAAGAGUGCUUGCUCCUUUCUUGUCAGUUUUCUUAAUGUUGGAAAGCAAGUUGCAUCCAGCUCUGACAACUUUUUAGUUUUUGGUGCAAAUUGUGAGUCUGAGUCCUGUGGGGUGGUACAAAAUUAUGUCAAAUAUGCAUGCAAGCAAAUGAAAGACCUUGAAGGUAAGGUUUUUGCUAUUGAUGGUUUUCAUGUCACAUUCAAAUUUCAAGAGCUGCCAAAUGACAUGAAAAUGCUAGCCACCCUAGCAGGGGAGCUGCCUAAUUCUGCUUGUUACUUUUCCUCUUUUGCAACAGUUAGUACUGACGACUACAGGGACCUAGAGGGCCAAUUUGUUAUUGGUAAUUGCAAAUGGAAAGUGUGGGACUGUAAUGAAAGGGUGAAAAUUGCAGAGUCAGUUGCAAAAUUCAAAGAAUCUUUGCCAAAACAUCUAAGUGAUAAGAAUUUCCGUUCAAAGGUGACCAGUUUUAUUGCUUCAAAGAAAAGCAGGCAAGAAUUUUUGCCUCUUGUAGGUAAAUAUAUUGAUUUAGCACAUGUAGAGCCACUGCAUCUCAAAAACAAUGCAUGGCAACAUUACUUUAAGGGUGUACUUAAAGAGGCAAUUUCCAAGUCUAAACUCCCUGACACCUGCAAGACUUUUGCUGAUGUGCCUGUUGACAGCUGUUUUCACCGAGUAACAACAGCUCUUCGGUAUGAGCUGAAGUGUUCCUGCCUUGCUAGGAAAGUAGUUAAAUGGUACGGGGAAACUCAGGGGAAGGGUGCUGAGCUUCAAUAUAGAUUUACUGGAAAGGAGUCUCGAAUGUUCUGUCAAAACUUCAUGAGGGUAAUUAAACCACUGAGAUGUGAAGAUGACUCUGGGAAGCAAAGGCUUGUAGUUCUUGUUUAUGCAUAUAUUGGAGUAAGGCUGCGUGACUCUGUUUCUUUGUUUAGUCGGAUUGAUAUUACAGCUGAGCAGCUCUUGGAGCUUAGAGUAAAAUGUCAACAGUACUUCAGGGCAAAUGCUUUGCUUCUCCCCUCUAUGGUCACACCAACUGUUUGGACACUCGAGCAUGUCGUCCCUCAGCAUGCGGAACACCUGUUCCAGAAAUAUCACCAGGGAUUAGGUACAGUGACAAUGGAGGGGAGAGAAGCAAAGCAUAUUGUCCUCAAGAAACUGUCAGAGAACAGUUCGUCUAAAAACCAAUGGUUUGAUAUCUUUCAGCAUGAGUUUGUAAUGCUCAUUUGGUUACCAGAAAAUGGGUUUACCACAUGUCAAUACAAAGCUAGUAAAGCUGUUUACAUUCCAAAGAGGGAUAAUAGCUAUUGUUCUUGUGGGUUACAGAAGGCCCAAAUUGAAGAUGACAAGUGUUGCAUUUGUGGUGACAGGCUGACAAAUCUUAUUGAACAAAGCAUCCAAAUGGGGAAAUGUCACCCACAGCUAAGACUGUGAUGCUAAAGUUUCCUUACUUUAAACCUACAGUAUUAUGGCAACUGUCAGUGUGUGUUUACUGAUUAACACUUGACAUUAAUACUAGCAAUACAAUCAAAGAUGUGAGCAGAUACUUUGAACAUUUGUAAUUUGCUUAUCAAUAGCAUACAUUUCUGUUACAUUAACAAUGUUACAUUAAAGUUUGUUACCUUAUACUUUGAACAACAUUUGUAAUUUGCUUAUCAAUAGCAUACAUUUACGG